AUGCUCGAUAUAAAUCUUCACCGUGACAACUCAAUUGAAUUCAUAUACCCAGCACUCGCUGGUUCAUUGGGAUGGAAGCAAGGAGAUGAAGAAGGGAGAUGGGCGCAUAAAGCAAUCGAAACCCUUGUUAAGAAGUUGAAAAAGCGAAAGGGGGUUCUUGAAACUCUUCAGUAUGCGCUGACGCACCCCAAUGAACCAAGUGAGUGUGUUACAAUUCCGAGGUCCCUGGAUGGGCGGAUUCAAGUUUCCCACCGGAAAGGUUUCCCACAUGUAAUUUACUGCCGAGUAUGGCGCUGGCCUGACCUUCAGAGCCACCACGAAUUACGCUCAAUAGAAAGCUGUAAAGUUCCUUUCAAUUCUAAAGAGCCGGAGGUUUGUAUCAACCCAUACCACUACGCACGAGUUGACUACCCAGUACUCCCACCGGUUCUUGUCCCGCGGUAUAAUGAAUAUCCCGUCCCUACAACCUCCGAUGUUAACUCGUCGCAAGCGUCUUCAUUCCAGGAUCCUAAUGUGACUUCGAAUUCCAACACAAACUUACAACCGGUCCCCUAUCAAGAACCGAAGUUCUGGUGCAGUAUCGCUUACUACGAACUGAGUUGUCGUGUCGGAGAGGCCUACUUUGCUAGCCUUCCCAGUAUUCUGGUUGAUGGUUUCACAGAUCCAUCGCGCACUUCAGGCCGCUUUUCUCUUGGACUUCUAUCAAACAUCAACCGCAGCUUAACCGUUGAGAAUACACGAAAGCAGAUAGGAAAAGGUCUCCAUCUAUAUACGCACGCGGGUGACGUGUACGCUGAAUGUCUCUCGGAUAGUAGCAUUUUCAUCCAGUCCCGAGAAUGCAAUGAACGUCAUCGAUUUCACCCAACCACUGUGAUCAAGAUCCCUCCUGGCGGCUCACUUCGCAUUUUUUCCAACCGGCAUUUCGCCCAGAUACUCAGCUUCACAGUGACCCAGGGUGUGGAGGCAACCUACGAUCUUAUUCGGAUGUGUACGAUCCGUCUGAGUUUUGUCAAAGGCUGGGGUGCUGAAUACCAUCGACAAGAUGUCACUUCAACCCCCUGUUGGAUUGAGGUACAUUUGCGCGGACCACUGUUAUGGUUGGAUCGAAUUUUACGGCAAAUGGGACCGUGCCGCAAUCCAAUAUCUUCCGUCUCCUAGGUUUAUCCCAAUUUUUCGUCACUCUUUGUGAUGAGUGUGUUCUUUGUGUCCACACUGGGGGUGCCAUCAGAGGUCGACCCAAGCGCCAUUCUAGAGGAACCGUAUGAUCGCUGUUGACUGUUGUCCCCUUCUCAUUGAGAUACAUACUUCUUGCCAGCCUAAUCAAUGUUUCGGCGUUGCUUUUUCGAUGAAACUCAAAUUGAUUUGGCUCGCUUGGCUGAUCAUUUACAUAUGCCAGAUUGAUUCCUAUCGUGUGCGUACGUCACACUGACUGUUUGUCUCAUGCUUCGUUUUCGCAUUUCUUACUUUGCAUUAUCGCCCAAAAUUGACUUGGUUCUUUCACGACGCUCACUAAUGUACACACUCGUGAACAUCUACAAAUUAUC